UGUAAGCAGAGCGCUGCUAAGUUGCUUAAUCAACGGAAACACAAACUUGAGGGAACCGUGAGACUUCUUUUUCAACCUGCCGAGGAGGGAGGUGCUGGCGCAUCUAAGAUGAUAAAAGGAGGUGCCCUUGGUGAAGCUGAAGCGAUAUUUGGGAUGCACGUUGAUUUUGAAAUACCGACUGGAACUAUAGCAUCCAUUUCAGGGCCACUCUUAGCUGCUGUUUGCUUUUUUGAAGCCAAAAUGGUCGGGAUAGGCGGGCAUGCUGCAGAACCCCAUCUUACUGCCGACCCAAUAGUUGCUGCCUCAUUUGCAAUUUUGGCAUUGCAACAGCUCAUCUCAAGGGAAGUGGAUCCCCUCCAUAGCCAAGUUCUGUCCGUUACUUAUGUUCGAGGUGGGAGUGCAUCCAAUGUAAUUCCAUCCCAUGUUGAAUUUGGGGGCACAUUGAGGAGUCUUACAACUGAAGGCUUGUGGCAACUCAGGAGGCGAUUGAAAGAGGUUAUUGAGAGCCAGGCUGUGGUGCACAGAUGUAAUGCAUAUGUCGACAUGAGAGAUGAAGAAUUCCCACCAUUACCUGCUGUUUUCAAUGAUGAAAGCUUGCAUCUGCAUGUGAAGAGGGUUGGAGAACUUAUGCUUGGUCCUGAGAAUGUGAUGGCGUGCGAGAAACUCAUGGCAGGUGAAGACUUUGCCUUCUAUCAGGAAGUGAUACCUGGAGUGAUGUUUAACAUUGGAAUUAGAAAUGAGGAAGUGGGUUCAGUUCACUCUCCGCACUCCCCUUACUUCUUUCUUGAUGAGGAUGUCCUUCCAAUUGGGGUGGCAUUACAUGUUGCCUUGGCGGAGAUUUAUUUGGAGAGCCACCAACAUCCAGUUAAACAGUAAAAUUUUAGAGCAACUGGUGUGGAGCGUUCUGGAAAAACUUGAUGGUUUGGUUGCGUGCUGCCAUAUUGUACUAAGCAGUGUCAAGCUGAUAAAGUAGUGUAAGAGAAUGUAUUGUUUCAAACAAGUAAAGAAUUCGUCUUUGUUCAAUAAUUCACUUGUGGACGGAUAAA